AUGAGCGAUAAAGAAGCAAAAAAAGAAGCCAUUGAAAUAAUUUAUGAAAUUUCUAACAUAUUAAAUGUAAACUUGGAUAAAGAAACCAUAGUCAUAUUAAUACAAUUGUGUGAAUAUGGGGUUAGUCCCAAAAUUCUUUCUCAUAUUAUUAUUCAAUUAAAAAAAGAAAAGGAAAAAUUUCUUCAAAAUUUAAAUAACAACAUGAGUAGUUUAAAAUAA